CUGGUGAUGCGAUAAAUCGAUCCAGUUGGUUGGAUUCAUACUCAAUCAAUCUAUUGAUGAAGGUGUUGUGAUGGUAUAAGCUUUAAGCAUCAGAACUGAGACCAGCUAACAACGUCACGAUGAGAGUAGCACAUUGCAACGAUGACUUUUUCAACUGUUCAAAAUAUAAUUUCAGCCAAUUCAAUCAGAUUUGGGGCCACCGACCUUGGCCGGAAAUUGUUUGGAAAUCAACUUUGAUGUCUGCUAUCACUGUAAUUGGUUUGAUCAGCAAUGUGGCUGUCAUGAUUCUUGUACUGAAACGGCCACAGAUUCGACAAAGAUCACUUAAUCUAUUCAUAGUGAAUUUGGCCAUUGCUGAUUUUCUAACCGUAUUGUUCAUACCUGCUGUAUCACUGAUCGAAAACAUUUUUCAAAACUAUGAACUUGGACCUCUCACUUGUAAAUUCGAGAUUCUAAUUAAAGUGACUUGCAUCCUUGCCAGUAACUUCUCUAUAAUAGCCAUUUCGUUUAAACGUUUCAUCAACAUCAGUUGUAUUACAAAUCCAACCGACCAUUCAAGCCAACGUUCGUUAAUGCUUGUUGCGGCAAUUUGGAUGGUGUCUAUAUCGCUAGCCUAUCCACUGGCCCAAAUGCGUGUCUAUCAUGAACGCCAAUGGAAAGAUUACCUGGAAAAAUGGUGCGUUGAUCAGCCACUUCACGAUUCGGUUAGAUACUGGAUUUUCCUCAUGACUCCUCUCAUCUAUGUACCUCUUUUCAUUAUGGUGGUGGUCUAUUCGCUGAUGAUCUAUCGUAUCAAUCGAUUCAUUGGCAAAUUACUUCAACAUCAAACAGACAAAUCAACCGUUUUGAACAGUUUGGAAGCAAGUUCAUUUGCAUCUAGCCUGAAUCGAUUUGAUAACGAACAACCCGCACUUAUCGACGACGAAGAUGAAACAAAUACCAAUCCGACGCUUGAAGUGAACGUUGUGGAUUUAAAUCAAAAAAGUCGUCACCAAUAUGUUGAACGUAAAUUGACGGCAAACAAACAUAAAAUGGCCUUGAUCAAAACCAUGUUUAUUUAUUGUCUGAUCACUUUGUUCUGUUGGCUUCCGCUUCAGGUGCUUGUUUACUACCGGGCUUUUAGGCCCCCUAAAUCGCAACUGCCAGCCUGGUAUGACCCGAUCAAAUUUUUAAGUCUAGUCCUGUUCACUGCUAGCGCUGCUAUCAAUCCAUUUAUCAUGUUUGGCAAGACCUUUCUUCACUACAUUAAUCGCUAUCGAGUUCGCCGCCGUCAACAGCGUAUGCACGAUCGAAUCAAGAUGGACAUGUUACGUAUCGAAGCUCCAAUCUAUGAUAGUCCCAACAUGACCGAACAGCUUGUAUCCGAAGAGAAAAUGUCCAACAACAAGUUAUCUAGCAUGAGUCGAUCGCAAAGUUCUUUCGAAACUUACUCGAAUAGACGUAUUAGUCUGGAUCGUACGGAGAUUCUUGAAACACUAAAGCAUGGAAAACAAGCCGAUCAAUUGCUGGUGAUCAAACCGGCAACUCCAGCUACAACUACUACGCUCAGCAAUAGAACCGAAGAGCCUAUGGCUUGCGAGCCAAAUGCAAGUACAAAUAUCAUCAUCAAACAUAUGUUGCAAAAAUAUACGCCUCAAAUUUUUGAGCUUGAAAAAUUAUAAGAAUAACGGCAAAUAACUUAUCUAUCUAAGCGAAGAAAACAUCAGUGAUAAAUGUGCCAUCCACCCACUCAUUUUGUUAUGCAUAUAUUGAUUAUGUCACUAUC